ACAUAAACAAUAAAGAAGGAAACUUAGAUCGUAGGGCAGACGAUAGAUAACCCUGGAUUGAUGAUUUUCUAACAUUCCAUCAUCCCGAAGAGACGAAUCUUUCUCGGAGCGGAUACCGAAUUUUCAAAUAAAAACAAUCUAAUAACCCUAUCUCUCAAUUUUUUCGAUUGAAUUGGUACAUUGUUGCAGAACAAGGAAAUACAGAAAAAGAGGAAGAAGAAGAAAAUAGAAAAGACGAGGACGCAGUUUUGAACGAUGUCUGCUGCGGUGUGUGGAAGCAAGAGAUCUUUCUUUGAAGACCUUCCUCCUUCACCACCAGUUUCUUCAACCAAGAGGCUUCGUUGUUCCUCUUCUCCGAUUCGUCUUUCUUUUCCUACCCUAAUUGAUCAUCUUCGUAAUCUCUUUCCCAACAUGGAUGAUCAGAUCAUUGAAAGAGCGUUACAGGAAUGUGGCAAUGAUUUAGAUGCUGCUAUUAAGAGCUUGCACGGGCUUUGCUUAGGAUCUGCUGAUGAAAAUUCUGUACUUGCUCCACAACCUGAUGCUGCAGUUGAAACAGGUGUUUUUGAAAACAACGGGGAUGCUUCUGCUUCUGGGAACCAGCCUGCUGAAAACAAUCUUCCCGCUGAUGGACCUGGAUGGAUCAACUUGUUUGUUAGUGAAAUGUCAUGUGCCACUAGUGUUGACGAUGCUAGAGCCCGUGCUGCUAAACUGCUUGAGGUUUUGGAGAAAUCGAUCAGCACACAUGCGAGUUCUGGGGAAAUAACUGAUCUUCAAAAGGAAAAUUUGAUGUUGAAAUAUCAGAUUGAAGUCUUGACUAAGGAGAGAAAUUGUUUUAAAAGUGCUUUUAGAAUCCAGCUUGAACGCCUUUCUGAUUAUGAGGAUAAAGACCGAGAGUUGCAACAGUUGAAGCAGUUGGUGUCUCAAUACCAGGAACAGAUCAGAACUCUUGAGGUUAACAACUAUGCCUUGCAAAUGCAUCUGAAUCAGGCACAAAAAUACAACAACCCUUUUCCUGGGCGUUUCCCCCCGAUGGCUUCUAAUGCAAUCAGCGGGUAGAAUAGCACAGUCGAGGCAGUUAAAUAGCUGUAUCGGGUUAAUUUAUUAUGUAUCUGGUGUUUUAUUUUUCCAAAAGAAGUAUUUAUUGUUUCUUGUUACAGUUUGUGUAGCUCCUGUAGGCCAAGGAAAUGUAGCUAUUCUUAGUUCAGGGGUGAAUCUAUCUUAUCAACCUGGAAUAGAACUGAUAAUAAUAUUCUUCAGUUAAUUCAAUUAUUUAUUCUUCACUGAA